AACAAAGAUAAGAUCAUCACAACAAGCAUCAACGAUUUGAAAAGCAACAAGCAGUAAAAGAAUUUUGGCGAGAAAAAAAAAUUUUCUUUUUCGAAGGAAAAACACACUUCGAAUUGAAGACAUUUUUAAGAAGAGAAACGACAAAAAAAAAGAGUUUUUUGAUAAGCGAAAUUUUUACACGCAACACACACAUUUUGAUAAAGAUUAAAGAAACAUAAAGAAAAAAUUAAACAAAAAUGGAUCAACAACAGCAAUAUUGCUUGAAAUGGAGCAAUUAUUCAUCAAAUCUGGCAACAGCAUUUUCAAAUUUAUUCAACUCAGAGACCCUGACCGACGUGACAUUGUUCUGCGAGGGAACAAUAUUUAAAGCUCACAAGCUCAUACUAGCAGCAUGUUCGAAAAAUUUUGCUGAUUUAUUUGAGACACCAUCAUUGGCAACUGGUUCAGUAUGCGUCAUUCUUGAAGCGACGUCGGCUGAGAAUAUGGCUGCAUUGUUAGAAUUUAUGUACAAGGGUGAAGUGCAUGUAUCACAAAAAGCUCUUGAAAGCUUUCUAAAAGCAGCUGAGAGUUUGCAGGUCAAAGGACUUACCACGGAGCAUGGUCGUUGUACAACAAAUACAAAUUUCCCGAGUGAUAGCUCAUCGCCCACUGAUUUGCCAUCACGUCGGUUAAGAAAUAGUUUUUCUAAUCUCGAUCCAAUUACAAAGAGUGGCAUAAAGCGUGAGACAGAUAUGAUUAUGGCUGGUGCUGUAACAUCCUUCCCACACAACUAUUUACAACCCCAACCGUAUAUGCCAAGUCCAUACGAGCCGGCCCGCAAACGUCACAUGAAGAAUCUGUAUACGAAUAUUGAUCAACAGGAAACGCGCGGAAGUGUUUUAAGAGACGGUUCAAAGACAAGUACUGGAAGUCCGAGCCCGGUUGGUAAAACAGCUGGUUAUCGUCCUGCAAGCAGUGGAUCAUCGGCAGCACAUACUGAAGCGGAUACAAUGCAAACGGAAAGAGAUUCACCACAACAGUCCAAUAGAUACGAGAAUCACAGCCCAAGCACGACUCAAGGUAAUGGAACGUCUUCGACAUCGGAACGUGACGAACGAAAUGGAACGGAUAAAGAAACGGAAUUGAACAUUAAGAAUGAAGCUGGUGCUGAAGAUUUACGGAUGAAAAUGGAAAUGAGGCAAUUGCAAUCACCCAUAGGACCAUCGUCAGUUCCGCCCACGCCAACAACGCCGAUUGUACCAUAUCCAGGCAAGGGAAUUCCUGUUGGUUUAGAAGGUACGAUAGCACCGACCGAUAUGCUCAAUGUCUUAAGUGCUCAUAGAGAAAGUGUAAAUACAGCUGACGGCAAGAAGCUUCAAUGUCCAUUAUGUGAUCGACAAUACGGCUACGAAACAAACUUACGAGCUCACAUUAGACAACGUCAUCAAGGUAUUCGCGUACCCUGUCCAUUCUGUUCGAGAACAUUUACUCGCAACAAUACAGUACGUCGUCAUAUAGCACGAGAGCAUAAGCAUCAGCAAAUUGUUACUCCGUUUACAAGUUAAGUUGUCACAAGUUUUUUGUUUUACGAUGCGAAUGUGCAUGUGGAAAAGUGAAAAUGAUACGUCGAGAGACGGCAUGCACAUGCAAUUUUUUUUUACUAUAUUAUCUAAGUGAAAAAAAGAAGAAGACGUAAUCCAUUUGAGAAUGAAAGAAUCUCGUGCGAAAAUGUAAUUAGAAAAAGAUUUUCAUUUAGAAGAAAAAAGAAAAAAAAAUUCAUUUAACAAGUUUGAAGUAAACGAUUUUGUGUCUAGGGGUUGGACGGAAGACACAGAGAAUGGAAGUUGCAAUAAUAUAAAAAAAGAAGACAAUCCAUUUUUCAUGAACUGUAAACUUUAAUUAGUUUCUUUUUUAUUUCUACUUACUCUUUACAAUAGAGAAAGCAGUUGUUAAUUACACAGACGUUAAUGAAACUCACAUGCAAUAUCAUUACAAUUACAAAAUGGAAUAUAUAUGGGGAUAUAAAGAUGGGGGAUGAAUAUGGGGAAGUGACUGAUGUGCACUUCCUUGUAUUAAAUAGGAAUCUUUUUUUUAAUCGGAAUUUUGGGGUGUUUGGGGGUGUUUAUGGAGGGAGUGGGUGCAGUUGAAGGUCUGGAAAUUGAAACUAGCUUUACUAAGUUGGCACGAAUUUUUAAGAAGGAAUUUUAUAAAAAUUCGAGUCAACUUCAAGCUAUAAACUUCAUUUCUAGCAGUUGAUGCCACAUACUCCAUCCUUAGCGCCCCCCAAACCUCUCAAAAUUCAGAGUGUAUAAAAAGAAAGAUAAAGUUACACAACUCAAAAAACUGUUUUUAAUUCAUUUUUCUCAUUUAAAAGAAAUACGAAACUUUUUAAUAUGAAUCACCGCAAGUGUCAUUAUCAGUAACUGU